UUGGGCUGGGACCGCACCGGCAGCGUCCUGAGCAUGCAGCUGCGGCUACCGGCCGUCCGGUUGCCUAGGGACGAUCGUCUCUUUGUGUGGCGCUGGACGAACUGGCUUCUGCCAACAGCAUCGCCCAGCUACAGCCGAAAAGCGCAGGACUCGAUUGCUGCAGACGCAAAAUGGCCGUCCAGACGCAACUUGGUCGGCAAGCUUGUCCAAAAUUGUGCCAUAUUCGGCCCCAUUCACAUUUCGUGA